AGCCCUAAGCGCUUGAAUUUCAGCUUCAAUCGGGAAUCUUUCGUAGGGGCACCAGAGCAAAACGGUUCGUUUUUUGAUAUAGACAGUGGACUCUGGGGUGGCCAUUGCAAGUCUUCAUCAAUAGCAAAGGAGAACUGUGCUUUGAAGUGCCUCUCUCCUACUUGUUAUGAGCUUAUAUAUGAAAGUGAUCCGCUCGAAGAAGGAGAGAAAGACUAUAUUAGGGGGAAAGAAUUCAAGUACUGUAUGUACAACACGAUAUGUAUUCGGAUAAGGGAUCUGCUUUCCAGGGACAAGCAGGCCGGGCCCCCGCUAUUUAAACCGGAACGAAACUUUACAUCUCAAAUUUAGAUUACGGUGUUUCCAGCGAUGACGUUAAGGUACAUUUUCAUCGCAUUAUCUGAGGUUUUAUGAUACAAGGUGGGGAUAUUUCAGCUGGUGACGAAACAGGGGGAGA